AUGGCUUCAUCAACCAUCAAUCAAGAUGGAGGCAUCUCCACCGUCUAUCACGACAUUCUCCACACCCAUAUUCUCACCCGUCUCGACGGCCCUACCUUGGCUUCCCUCUCCUGCGUUUCCUCCGAGUUUUAUUCUCUCUCCACCCACCACCAACUCUGGCGGAACAUUUCCGACUCCACCUGGCCCUCCAUUAAGCACCCACUCGUCGCCGCUGUCAUCUCUUCCUUCCCCUCUGCUUACCGCUCCUUUUUCUCCGACUCCUACCCUUUCCUCCAUCACCCUCGCCGGAGCAUCGACGCUCUCGAUCAAACUACUCAAUUUCAAGAAUUGAUCUCAGCCGUUGAUGUCUACUACCAAAACGUGCCCGUUUUCUCCGAGGUUGAGAAGAUAGAAACGGAGUCAGCCGACUUCUUGCGCUCACCGUUCAGAGUGGACAUACUCCCGACAGAAGAGUUUGUGCCCAAAUGGAUACAGUUACCGGAGGGUGAACAGGACUUGUGGAGUAAGAAAUUAGAAGAGAAUUUAACACUGAGCUGGAUCUUGAUCGACCCGAAAGAAAAACGGGCGGUGAAUAUGUCGAGCAAGAGGGCAGUUUCAGUGGAGAAGCACUGGCUAACAGGGGAAAUGCUGAUCAAGUUUGCUACCGUCUUGACCGGCGGGGAGACAGAUGGAGGGCUGGGAAGGGAGCACGUGGCGUGUGAAAUUGUGGUGACGUGUAGGCGGGAGGAAGGAGGGGAGGUUCGGGUGAGGGAUGUGAGCAUGACGAUGGAGGACAUUGAAGGAAUUUCAGUGAGAGGGAGGGAUAGUUUGGUAAUUUUGAAGGAAGUAAUGCAAAGCUGGGAGAGGAAGAUAUUGGGGGAUGGGGAGGAAGGGAGGAGGAGGUAUAAGGAGUUUUUAAGGAGGAAGGGAGAGAAUUAUGAGAGUCAAUAUAGUGUUGCUAAUUGGAUGUGCAAUGUUAUUAGACUACUUAAUCGCAAUGUUUUAGCUUAA